CAAGAUUCAGUCAAAAAUAGAAUAUUUCAUUAAUCUUGUCUUUUUGUUUGUAACAUGAGAAAUUGUACAAAUUAUCCAUAUGUUAUUAUUAUCAAGAAUGAUAGAUUCGGUAUGAAUCAUUUUCAAAGAUCUCAGUAUAGUGUAGUGCACAUCCAGGGACAAACACAGGUCAAGCGAACAGGCUCAGUUUUCUCAGAGAACCUCUUACACAGAAAGAGAAUCACGUGGGAGCCGAGAACGAGGCAGCAUGCACAUGGCCUAAUUUUCCAUCCUUCUAGCGUUUCACAAGUGUGGACGGAAAGUUUACAAAAAUGGUUAGACCAAAGAAACAGAGCAAAAGGGUACCUUUAGCAAAAAAGUACAAAAUACAGAAAAAGGUUAAAGAGCAUAAUAAGAAAGCAAAAAGAGAAGAGAAGAAGAAUGCAAAGAAAAAAUCACGUAAAGAUCCUGGAAUACCAAGGAACUUCCCAUUCAAGGAACAAGUCUUACAGCAGUUACAGGAGCGAAAACAACGGGUAAUGUAUCAUUAUUAUUAUUAUUAUUAUUAUUAUGCUGAUGUACACAGUUCUGAUGUUAUAACUGGCUUGUUCUUGAUGUUUCUUGAAAUCGGAUCAAUACCCAUGAUCUUAGAUCUCGAGAACUUUUCUCAACACUCUUGCAGUUCCUAAAAGUACAGAUUUUUGUAUUAGUUUUAUCUGCGUCUUGACUCCAAUUUCCUUGAUGUAGUUGCUCAAAUUUCGUGUC